GUUGAGUUCAACAUCAACAUCAACAAGGAACUUCUAGAUGAUGCCACGUAUACCUAGGAGACCCCACUUCUCCCAACAUCCAACCUAUGACUUUCUCACUCUAAAUGUGUUCUGCCCUAUCCCAAAAUUCAACGUUUGUUUUUCCCUCAAUUCCACCACUAUCUUCAUCCAAAUCCUAACAAACUCAUCCACUUAAAUCUCUCUGUUAGUUACUAUUUUAAAUUUAUGUUUUACUUAUCCUAAGUUUCAAUUUCCUAUAUUUUCUAAUUCUGUUACAAUCUUAUCUUAUAUCUCUCCCUAUAUAAACAACACCCUCCUUUCAAUUCAAUAUCAAUUUCACUCUGUUUUUGCUCUGUUUUUACUCUGUUUUUAGUGGAUUUGAAGAAAAGUUUCCAUGGAUCCCAAUUCCAAUCCCAACUCCAAAUCCUCCACCAGAUUUCAUAACCCUUUUGGAUCAAGAAUAGUAAAAACUGUGUUUUUCCGAACCCUACUUCUUGCUACUGCUAUCUCCAUCGUUUUACUUCUUCACUCACUACCCACCAUGGAUUUAGUUCCCAAAACCUACGAUCAUGAUUGCCUCAUUGAACUCGAAGAUUCAAACAUCACUGUAUCACCAGGUUCUUAUCUCUUCCAGAGUAGGAUCAUAAGCAAUUUCUGGGGUUCCUUCGACUCAUUGAACUGCAAAAAAGAAAUCAACUUGGUUUCAAGCAUAGUCAAAGAGUUGAAGUCUCAACAAAGACUCAUGAAUCACAGCGUAGAAACUCUCUGUAUUGGUGAAGCUUCAAACAUAGCUGUUUCCACUUUGCAGAAACUCGGUUUCUCCAAUGUGAUUAACCAUAGCUUCUUCUCAUUCAAUAAGAAGAAUUUUGUUUACUCGCUAGAUCGGUAUCGCGAUGAUUCAUUCGACUUUGUUUUGUCCGAUGAUUUCGGGAAAGUUACUGUCCCUGCAUUGCUUGUUCUUGAAGUUGAACGGAUUCUUAAACCGAACGGAAUAGGUGUUUUGCUUUUGGAUUUUGAUAGUGAGAGUGUUUAUUCCACUCACAACAUUCACAACAUUAACAUGAUAAGAACUGCUUCACCGGUUUCUUCUUUGUUGCGGUUUUCGUCUAUUGUUCAUGUUGGAGUUGUCAAUAGUCACGGCCUUAUUGUUUUCAAGAAAAACUCAAAAUCAGAAUCGGAAUCAGAAACUGAAAGUGAGAAGAGAAGAUCUUUAUUCCAUCAUGAAACUCUUCCAGAAGAUUGUAGAAGUGUCAACUUUACUAAGAAAUUCAUGAAUCAAAUGGAGCCACUUGUGGAGGAGAGAGCACAUCAGAAAAAAAUCACUUAUUUGCCUAAGUUUGUGAAUGUUUCUACAUAUAAGAAGAAUCUGGUUUAUGUUAAUAUUGGUGAAAGUGAGGUUAAUGAUUGGUUUCCGGAAUCUUAUCCAAUUGAUAAGAAAGAUUUCAAUGUUUACUUUGUUCAUUACAACGUUUCUGUUAUGUUAUCGCACGUGAAAGAACCACGUGUUACAUUUGUUUAUCAUCCAGAAUUGAAUGAAAAUUUUACCCUCGAAGGUGAGGUUAAUGAUGUGGAUGAGUAUAUGGAGGAGGAAGAGUUUGAUUUGGUUGUUUGGUUUAAGGAAACAGUGAAGAAUGCUGAUUUUGUUGUGCUUAAGAUGAAUGCGGGAAAUGUUGAAAUGAAGUUUCUUUCUGAUAUAUUUGAAAAUGGAGUUAUGUGUUUUGUUGAUGAGAUGUUUCUUAGCUGUGAAGAGAGUGAAGAUGGUGAAAGAUGCAUGAAUGUUUAUAAUGGUCUUAGAAAAAAUGGUGUUUUUGUUCAUCAAUGGUGGAAUAGUGAAUGAGAAAUGGUUUCUCGUUUAGUAGAGAUAGAAUUUUUUGUUUUCAGUUUAGGAAAAUAGGAUUUUGAAUUUUAAUGUUAAUGCUAUGACUACGAAGCACGAGCAUCUUCAUGAGUAAUUGUAAAUAAUAUUUCAUUUUCUUGAUUA